CCUCUGCUUUUUUGAGGGGAGAAACCUCGGCAGAGAAAAAGGGGGAGAAGAAAGGCAGGAGGGAAAGAGGAGAAAGUUAGCUGACUCGCAGAGAGGUGAAGCUUUCCAGUGGUUCCCACCGCACUUUGCAUUGAAGACUUCCGGUCUGCACGAAGCUGGAGGAUGGAGGCAGAGCUGCCAUCCGAGCUCACAGCAAUGUCCCUCGGGGGAAAUGGAAGCUCCCAGCUGGUGCCAGACACAGCCCUGAUGCCCCCAUCACGGGGUACAGCCAUGUUCAUUAUCCGUUGUGUGAUCCCUUCGCUUUACCUGCUCAUCAUCACUGUGGGCUUGCUGGGCAACAUCACCCUCAUGAAGAUCUUCAUCUCCAACAGUGCCAUGAGGAGCGUGCCCAACAUCUUCAUCUCUAGCCUCGCUGCUGGCGAUCUGCUGCUGCUAGUGACCUGUGUGCCCGUGGACGCCUCCCGGUAUUUCUCUGAGGAGUGGCUCUUUGGGGAGGUGGGCUGCAAACUCAUCCCUGCUAUUCAGCUCACUUCUGUUGGUGUCUCUGUCUUCACCCUCACCACCCUCAGUGCCGACAGGUACAAAGCAAUUGUAAAUCCCAUGGACAUCCAGACCUCCAGUGCAGUGCUAUGGACCUGUGUGAAAGCCAUUGCCAUCUGGGUAGUCUCCAUGCUCCUAGCAGUUCCUGAAGCAGUGUUCUCCGAACUGGCGCACAUCAAUGACACGGACAAUGCCACUUUCACAGCGUGCAUACCAUACCCCAUGACGGACGACAUGCACCCGAAGAUCCAUUCUGUGAUGAUUUUCCUUGUGUAUUUUCUUAUCCCUCUGGCAAUUAUUAGUAUCUACUACUAUCAUAUUGCAAAGAGUUUAAUAAAAAGUGCUCACAACAUCCCUGGAGAAUACAGUGAACAUUCCAAAAGACAGAUGGAAACUCGGAAACGCCUGGCAAAAAUUGUCCUAGUUUUCGUUGGCUUCUUUGCUAUCUGCUGGUUUCCUAACCACGUGCUAUACAUGUACCGAUCGUUUAAUUACAACGAGAUUGAUCCGUCGACAGGACAUAUGGUGGUUACCUUAGUGGCCCGAGUGCUAAGCUUCUGCAACUCUUGUGUCAACCCAUUUGCACUGUAUUUUCUCAGUGAGAGUUUUAGAAGACAUUUCAACAACCAGCUUUGCUGCAGGAAGAAAGCUCAGCAAGAGAGAUCUGCCAGCUACUUGCGCAACUCUUCUGCCAUUCAAAUGAGUUCCCUGAAAAGCAAUACCAGGAACACAGUGACUAGCAUGACACAACUGAACGGGCACAACUUGAAACAGGAAAUGUCAUUAUGAUGUAAUAGGUGUGAUUUUUGACUGUGGAACAAAUUUGAACUUUUUCUUUGCAGUUUGUAACUCAUUUUUGGCUAUCACACGCUUAGACCAUCUGAGUCCUCAGAACAGAGGAUCUGUUAAAGUCUGGCCAAUCUGAGGUUAUUUCACACCUAGUCUUACUUUUAGGUAGAAGUGAAGAGUACGUUUUAUUGAGAAAACAAAACUGACUGGCUUCAUAUUGUACUUUAAAGGAAAUGCUAACGUAUGCUUAACAUAUAAGAAAGAAAAAUAAUGGUGUGAAUAUUAGUGUAGCUGAUCUCACAUUGCUUUAAAAAGUAUAGAUUUUUGGACCUGAAAAAUAUGUAUUUUUAACUGAAUAUUGAUCCAGGCUUGUGUCUUACUCUAAUAGAUUUUGCAUGAUUUUAGCUGUGCUGUGUGUACAAGCAUUGUUCAUUAAGAGUGGUAGGCAUUUUUUGAACCAGUUAAGGAGCCAUUGUGGUGCAUAGAUUCUAAUGCCAGACAAAAAAAUAUUCAAGUAUCAAGUGUCAGAUAUUUACCUCAUUUAAAUCCACCUCAUUUUUCACUUUGGCAGGUGUACAGAUGAGAAAUUACUUUUUUGGGGAUUCUGUUUGCUGUUGAGGUCAGCAGUUUAUCCGCUAAAAUGACAUUCUUUUCAUGAUUUGUUAACCAAAUUUCUCAAAAGAAAAAUGUUGUGGGCAAUGUGCAGGUUUUCUAGAACUUAGUGUCUGAAAGCUCAUUUCUCUGAUUUGUUAAGUUUAUGAUAUCUUUGCUUUAGAGUGUCUACAUGCUUUAUAUUUGCUAAUACUAACUGAUCUUGCUGAUAUCAGUACACAGCUAAGAAGGAUGCUAAGUGUAAUGGGAUGACUGAACAUUCAAAGAAGUGAAGUUCUGAGUGGCUUUUUCAGAGAGGAUCUGUGGCAAGGCUUCCUUCGGCUCAGGGCAGUCUCUGAGUGCAGAACCCAUAUUACUAACAGAAAAAAGCCAAACAUGAAGGAUGCCGCGCAGGAGCACACCUAACAUACUCUGAUCACUAAUGGUCAUGCAGCCCAUGGGACCAGUAUAAAAUAACUCCCCAGUGAUGAUAUACAGGUAGCUGGCAUUUGAGGCUCAGUACCAGCUGUUUUACUGUCUAUAUCUACUACUCCUCUUGCACACACUGUUUACCAGUCUAAACAGAGCCUAAGUACUGUUGAAAAUCUCAAUUUUAAAAGACACUUUUUCUUUUCCUGAAGGCCCUUGUGCAUAAAGUCAGUACACUUCUGAAAAUCCUAUCUGGGCUGACUAAAAGUAUUAUCAAAUGCUUUGGGUUUUUUUUUUUGAGACAUCCCAGUGCCACGGACAGUGCACAGGUCUUUGUCAGUAUUCCCAGGAGAACAUUUUCAGCAUACAUGACCAGUGCAGAGCUGGGAUUAAAACAGCAGGGAAUGGUGGGUGAGGCUGUAGCUGCCAAAUGCUAUCCUGUCCAGAAUAAAUUUACUAGAAGGGCUUACUGCUCUCUCUUUUCAUUCACACUCCGCUGCGGGGGAUAAUUUAUACAAGGCUUGCAAAGACCACAAGAAAGAAAGUAGUUCAGCUUUACGAUGCCUCAUUUUGUUUCAUUUUUUUUGACUCUUUUUUCCUUUCCAUUUUUUUUUUUUUCUUUUUAAAAAUCAGUUCACGUGUCAACACAGGUAGUCAAAUAGACACAAUGACUGAAGCUUGUUGCUGUGAAAACUUAUGUAAGGCCACCCAUAUAAAAGUUUCUAAUCUGUUCCAGGGCUGCACCAGCUUUUGCUGAAAGAGCUGAUGGGAUCACAGUUGAUUUCCCCCUUACACAGCUGUCUGCUGUCAGACUAACCAUUCCCCAAGCCAGGUGAGAGGUUAACCGGGGCAGGGUCUGAGCUCUAGAGAGGAGAUAGAUACUCACUGUGUCCUUCCUUAGGAGAAGGGGCAGUGGUUGCAGACAAUGGCACCUUGUGGAAGUAGUUUUUUCUGGCCAGGUCAUGAGACAAAUGUAAUUUUAAAUAGCUCUUUCUUGCAAAUUGAGUGGAACUGCUCCAGCACAGAUCUGUCUCUGUCACAACACUGUAGCCUGUACUUCUGCAGUGACUUCUCUAAGGUGAACAAUAGAAAGUACACUAGAAAUUUAGAUUGGAUUUCAGAAUUAGUUGCUAGUUUUAUAAUUUCAAGAUCUGAAGUGAUAAUACCGUGUAGCAGUUUAUAGUUCCUUUUGUCCUUAUUGAUGCACUUGCUCUUAAUUUAGUUCUAUUUGUAACUCUGUGUAACCAGCUGAAGUUCAAAAUUUCUUUCCCAGUUCACGUACCUUCAAGGCUAGAACCUUACCCCGAUUUUUAAAGCAAGAAGUUACAUUGAUAGAAUCGGUACAUGAUUUUAGCUAAGUACCUGAAAAAAAUCCCCAGUUGUUAGCACUCAACAGCAGAUUUAAGCAGCAGAUUUGCGGUCUGAAUGUCAGUCAGCGUGGUCCAGCUGGUGAGACCUAUAGUAUGUAAUGUAAAGUUGUGUGCGGCAUUCAAAUGACAAAAUUUGUGAAGUUCAGCGUGGACUAGCUCCAUCAUGCCUGCCCUAGCUGACUGCAGUAGCCCUGUGGCUUCAGUGGCUCCUUGGAAGACUUAACACAAAGGAGCAGAUUGCCAUGAUCUUGUAAACCUAUCUGUAAUUGUUUAGGAAGUUGUCAUCCAUAACUGCCUAAAGCUGCCUCAUCCCCUUUUUUCUCCAUUUUGUCUCCUCUUCUACCCCUCCAUGCCUUAAUUCCAUGUGAGCCCACAAGUUCUCAGAACUCCUCUUUAAUUUUACUCCACUAAUUCCUCCUGGAUGCCAGCCAGAGUUUUAGAUUCCUCUGCUCUGAUCAGUCUUGAAAAAUUUUUACUCCUGGAUAUUUUACACCCACAAAACACAAAACUUAAGGCCUUCCUUUCUCAGUUCUCAAUGGUGAUCAUUGACUGUGAUCAAGUUGCCCUUUUAUUUCUGCUUUUUUUUUUUUUCUGGCUCCCUGCUUCUCAUUUUGUUUGGCAAUCUCUCUACACAGCAUAACAUUUCAGAGGCCUUCUAAAUCCAUUGUAUUUGCUAUUUCCUGAAGGCAUUUGUCUGAUGUGGACAUUACCAGAUGAUACAGGUACCCUACUGGAAAAAUAAUAAUCUAAUUUAUAGUAGAUGUGAUGCUUGUGUUUGAUUUACGCUCUUCUCCCAGUGUCUUAAAUUGCUAUGUGUGGUAUGGACAGCAUGAGCCUGCCUUCUGGCAGAAGUGCAAGCUACAGCCUGUUCUUUUUCGUUGUGUGGGAAAGUAUUCCCAGGUAGACAAUAACUCCCUCUUGUCAGGAAAUCUGCACAAUUUUGGUUCAUUUCCCAGGCCUAAUACUCAAAGCCUGUUUUGUGUAAGUAACCUAAAUUGUAUAUGCCUCCUCUCAAAUUCUUGUAGCAUGGUGCAAGGGAAUUAGUUAAUCUGUGCGGAGCUUUAUGUUGCUAACCCAAUAUGCACAUUUUGGAAGUGUCUGUUACUGUUCACAUUGUAUACAAGUACAGCUGUACGUAUGAUGCUAUUUCCAAACAACACUGCUUGCUAGCAAUUAAAAAAAAUGA